CAAUUUUAGGAUUGUAUUUUUACAUUUAUCCAGAUUAUGAUGAUAAUAAUGUUAUAUGUGCUAAACCUCUGCCAUACUGUAUGAUAAUAGAUUUGCUACAUGCUGGAUACAAAUUGAGUCGCUCUUUGUAGUUUGUAUUAUUGAAUACAGCAUCAAACUUUCCCAGAUUGAUCGGGCCAAGCCUAUUUACUUGAAAUAAUCUUAAAUAACCUAUUUCUAGAAGCAUUCAAAGUUCAACCCAAGAAGAUGUAUGCGUUUCAACAUGGUGCUCUUUUGGACAGAAAUUUUGGUACAGACAAUCAUAAGGUCCCGAUAGUGGUCUCAAGAGAUAGAUGAUUUCUAUCUAACAUUUCCAUGUUCCAAGUCCAAAAGUUUUGUCACCAACAAUCUAACAUGACCAAGUCUUAAUUCUCACCAUCUUAAUUAAUCUAAAAGAAGUUGCUUUCGUUGUUUAGGUUUAAAAUAAAACCACUUAAAAGCUUAUAUGACUUGAUGCUGGAAGGCAAACUGAAAUUGCAAAUACUAUUACUGAUGUCAUCUCUGAUAUCUCCUGUAUGAUGUCAGCGACAGAUAACAAGACUUUGCUGAAUACUGAGGUGCUUGACCAUGGUUUAUAUAUACAAGUAAGCUCAAGUGAAAAAGCAAGAGAGCUCUUAUUUCAGAACUUAUGCAUAUGCUUCACAAGAAAUUUCUCUCUCAAACUUGAUCUUCUCUCACUCUUCACAUAAUACUUCUUAAUGUCUGGUGAAGAUGCAAGAGAGCUCUACUACAAUGAUUCAUUUCAGAGAUUGUUGUUUACAUCUAAUGACUCUUUCUCCAUUGCACCACUUCAUUAUCCUUCUCAAUACAUAAACUAUUCCGAUACUUCCUUGUAUGGAUCUGCUAAAGCUUUUAGUUUGACAUCAACUUAUAAUUCUGAUCUUACCAUUCAUCCAAGAGAGAACUCCCUGGUAAUACCUUCUUCGAACGAGGCUGGUAAUGAAGAAGAAUCUGCUGACAAUAGCAAAAAGUACAAGCAAUCGAAACUGGAAGGAGGAGAUGGAGGUGACAGCUCAAAGAAAAUCAGCAAGCAAAAGCUGAAGGCAGAGGAAAAGGAGAGCGCGCCAAGAUUUGCUUUCAUGACUAAGAGUGAGACUGAUCAUCUUGAAGAUGGAUAUAGAUGGAGAAAAUAUGGGCAGAAGGCUUUAAAGAGCAGCCCUUAUCCAAGGGGAUACUAUCGGUGCACAACACAAAAAUGUCCGGUGAAGAAACAUGUGGAAAGGUCAUUUGAAGAUCCGUCAAUUGUGAUCACAACCUACGAAGGUUCACAUAAUCAUCACCUGCCCGCCAGUCUGAGAGCUAAUUUGUCCAUAGGCAGUCCAAGCUUUCUCAGUCCGUUAAAUUAUCCUAUUCACGAAUGUUAUGAAGAUACUAAUGGAACUACAAGGUCUAACGAUUAUUUGCAGCAUAGUCUCACACUCGGUCCACUUCAGCAUUUCUAGUUUCAUGGCUGAGCUCUUUUAUCUGCAAUUUCCUUUUAUGGAACUGAAGAGGCAGAAUACGAUCUUUUUUCCCUUUUUGAAAGUAUAAUUUUACGUGCGUGGUGUUUGCUAUAACUCCUCAUGCAACCGUGCAAGGACACGUACUGUAAUGGAAAAUAUAGACAAAAAUAUGUUUUGGAAAGUGCUCUUGUAUAUUUCUAUUACUCCCUCCGUCCCCCUGAGUAGUAUACAUUGGGGGACGGGGACGCGGCACGGACUUUAAUGCUCCUGUAAAGUGUGGUUGU